AUGGAAACAAUCGAAAAUUUGGCACAGCGAAUGAUUUGCCGAAUAAUUCGCCAUCGAAGCGUCGACGGAUUCAGCAAUGCGGAAGUUUUGCAAAUUUUGAAACGCUCGCGGAACAUCAUGCAACCGUUGCCGGCAAUGUUGGAAUUGGAGACACCGAUCACAAUAUUUGGAGAUAUUCAUGGACAAUUGGCGGAUCUUUUGAGAUAUUUCGAUAUUAUUGGAUAUCCGCCAAAACAUAAUUUAUUGUUUUUGGGAGAUUAUAUUGAUCGAGGAUCGCAUUCUUUGGAGGUAGGCGUGGAAAAAUGAAUGAAUUGAUGAUUUUUUUGUGAAAAAAUCGAUGGAAAUCACUAGAAAAUCGACAGAAAUCAGAGAAAACCCUAUAUUUUCUUGUAGAAACCUUGAAGGACCAAAAAUAACAAAAGUUCCAAUUCAAAGCAUGUUUCUGUACGAAAAUUUGAAGAGAAUCUUGAUUAUUGGAUGAAAAAUCGGAAAAUUUCUUGAAUUUUGGUCCAAAUUUUGACGAAAAAGUGUCAGAAAAUCGAAUUUUCUAGUUAGAAUUUUAAAAAUCACCAUUCUAAACCUAAAAAGUACGAUAAACUGUGCUAAAUUGAUCAGAAAAUUAAUUUAUCAAGUUCCGAGGAGAAAGGCUAGCUUCCAGGCCGAAUUUCUCAGUCCAAGCCUAAAAAUAGCGGGGAAAACUCAAUUCUUGGUCGAAAACCCUCACAAUCUCUUCCAGGUAAUAAUGCUCCUUCUCUGCUACAAGAUCAAACAUCCAUCUCGAAUCCACAUGUUGCGCGGCAAUCACGAAUGCUUCAAAAUGAAUCGUCUCUACGGUUUUCACGAGGAACUUCGUCGCAAACGGAACACGUAUUUGUGGAAGCAAUUUCAGGAUGUUUUCAAUGAAUUUGCACUUUGUGCAUCGAUUGGAAGGAAGAUUUUGUGCAUGCACGGCGGGAUUUCGGGUAAGUUAGGCCACGGCCCUUUUUUGCAAGUCUGUCCCGUUCAAAAUAUACCAUGUUUGGUAUCAUACCUCUCUCUUCUAAUCUAGAAACAACAUAAGCCACGCCUCGUUUUCAGCAACCCUCGCACACUUUUCAAUUUCUAGAGCACGUCAAAUCUUGGCAAUCAUUCUACGAUCUCCGAAAGCCAUCUCGACCCAAAGAGUGUGAUCAAGGCCUAGCCCUCGAUUUAAUGUGGGCCGAUCCAACUCAAGAUAAAUGCACCACAUUUUCGAUGAACACGUUGCGCAGUAUUUCGGUGAUGUUUGGUGAGCCGGCGGUUGUGGAUUUUAUGAAGAUGUUGGGAUUGCGAUUGAUAGUCAGAGCCCAUGAGGUUUCACAGGUUAGAUUUGGGGCUGUCUUGGGCUUUUUUUGAUACCAAAUAAGGCUGAGCACUGAAGAAUGUGGACCUAGAGGCUUUCCGGGUCUUUUUAGAUGAAAUAUUUCCCAAUUUUUAAUAGAAAAAAAGCCUAGACUUAAAAAAAGUUGGUCGAUUUUUGAUGAAUUCUAGGACUUUAAGGGCUCUAGACCAUUUUAGGCCCAUUUAAGACCGAAUUCGGGCUCAAAAUGCUCGCAAAACUUUCAGGAAGGCUUCAAUUUCAUGUUCGACAAACGAGUUGUGACCGUAUUCUCGGCGCCGUUUUAUUGUGGAAACGAUUCGAAUUGCGGUGCGAUAAUGCAUGUCAAUUCGAGCUACGAAGUGUCGUUCACCGUGCUCCGCCCGCGAAUCAUUCCAAAUGCUGACAAUUUUGAAUUGGCUCAACAAAUGGAGAAUAACUAUAAGGCACUUUUAGCGCCGAGUCCUGAUCCCAGUGGGUUCUUAGGCUUUCUGGGCUUUUUGUAAUUCGUAAUUUUUUCAGACCGUGGUCGACAUUUACAACAAGCAGCCCAGAAAAAGGCCGAGAAAAGUCCGAUUAUGGAAACGUUGUCGCCACCCAAUGAAAAAGCGUAG